GUUUACAGAAGGCGGAGAAAAACACGGAAAUGACUCAAAGAAGAAAUUAGACGAACGUAAUAUGAGAUAGCCUACUAGGAAUUCGCUCGACUGUGAAUAUUUUUUUGGACAUUUUUUCCUAAACUUGUUAAUCCCUUUGUGGGCAAAUAAAACAGCAAUCGGCAUUUAUCGUCUGUCGGUUGAGGUUUAUUCACAAACACUUUUCCGCCGGAAGGAAAGUUUUGGAAGGCCAAACGUUGAACGCUUUUAAAAAAAAAUACAAUUAUGUUUUUUUGGCCAAUUUCGACCAUGUUUUCACUUUUAUAGUCAAUAUAUAUUAUAGCCGCACGUAUACGAAGCUUUUUGUCUGAACGAAACGAAACGCAACGCGAACGGUAAAGAAAAACAAGGCAAAAUGAUGCCGAUGUUCCUAACCGUGUACCUUAGUAACAAUGACCAGCAUUUCACAGAGGUGCCCAUCACCCCUGAGACAGUGUGUCGUGAUGUCAUAGAGCUGUGCAAGGAACCGGGCCAGGUCAAUUGUCAUCUUACUGAAUUGUGGCGAGGCUCAGAGCGAACGAUAAGUGAGACUGAGAAGAUGUUGGAUCUGUUGCUGCAGUGGGGACAGGCGAGGUCUGAUGUGUGUUUCUUUCUACGCAACGAUAGAACACCCAGUUCACAGUCAGAUUCCAGAAGCUGGAAUCAGAAAAGGAACGUUGUGAAGAAACCCGCAGACAGGCAUACAGAGAAUGGGGUGAGAAGCAGCAGCCCAUGGAUGGACAUGACUAUAGCAGAGCUCCAAGAGAUGGCUGCCAGACAACAGCAGCAGAUCGACAAACAGCAGCAAGUCUUAUCCUCUAAGGAGCAGCGUUUGCAUCUCCUGAAGCAACAGGAGCACAGGCCGCAGCAAGCGUCCUCCGAGCAGGAGAAACUUCAAUGUCUGAAAGACAAAAUGGAGAAACAGGAGGCACAGCUGAAAGCAGUCCGUGCUCUGAAGUCACAGGUUGAACAGAAACGCCUCAGCAAUGGAAAGCUUGUGGAAGAGAUCGGGAAGAUGAACAGUCUGCUCCUUCAGAAACAGAGAGAGUUGGUGGUAGCUGUGUCUAAAGCAGAAGAACUGAGCAAACAGCUAGAGACAGUAAAAAAUGGACAGACGGACAUGCUUCGUAACAAUCAGAGCUCUGUGGUCGAGCUGGAUAGGCUCUACAGGGAGCUUCAGCUGAGAAAAUGUAUGAACCAGGAUCAGAAUGCUACAUUGCAGCAGCAGAGAGAAAACCUUAUUAAACGGAACCAAGAGGUGGCUGCCAUGGGAAAACGAGUAAAUGAAUUGCGGGAUCGCUUGUGGAAGAAGAAGGCUGCCUUACAACAGAAGGAAAAUCUUCCUGUGCCUUUAGACAACCAGAUGGCACAUCAAACUGGACCGUCUCGUGUGGCUGCAGUUGGUCCAUAUAUCCAGUCUUCUACGAUGCCCAAGGGUUCAGGUCUGCCUUUAGCCAAGGAGUCAUCAAAGUUGACUGCUACAAAGCCUGGCAUCAAUCACGGCUCAUUUACUCUACCUCGCAUGGUGAGCCAGACUGGUACUGAGAACAAAGGUGACCGAGGUGCAUUAAAACAGGACCGGAGGGUGCGCCCCGUCUCUAUGUUUGAGUCCACUGAACCACCCGCAGCUUCACUGCAUAAGAACCAGAGCAGCGAAGACCUUGUGAGAGAUGCUCAGAGUGCUGUCAAGAACACAGUUAAGGUUCCUCCUCCAGUUCCAAGUAAGCCUAAACAGGCCGGUUUGUCUGGGACGUUCCCUGGGAAGAGUGCAUCAUCUGCUCAGCACACUGCCUCUCUGUCUGGUCUUCCUCAAAGGAACACUUCACCCCUUCCCUCCAAACAAGAAGCUCCACCCGCUGCCACCGUACACCCAUUCAGCCCUGACUCUCCUGGAGCCAAAGACUUACGCAAGCCUCAAACGCUGACCGCCAGCUCGAUCUACUCCAUGUACACACAGCAGCCCACAGUUGUACAGAGAGCGUUAAACCGAUCCCAGAACCACAACAGCUUCAUCAGUGUUUAUGGAAAGCCAGUAAUUCCCACAGGCCAGCAGUCUCAAAACCAGCACCCUGAUAACCCGUACCUGGACAUGUCCGGUGGCCUGGAAACAGAAACGGACCAAAAUACUGGUGCAUCAGAGAACCAAGAGACAGAGCGCAUUCCUAGACCUCUAAGUCCCACCAAACUGCUGCCCUUCAUCUCGAACCCCUACCGUCACCAAAACGAUGUGGAUUUGGAGGCUCUUAGGAAGAAACUUUACAAUGCUCCAAGGCCGCUGAAGAAACGAAGCUCCAUUACAGAGCCAGAGGGCCCAGGUGGCCCCAAUAUCCAGAAGCUCUUGUACCAGAAGGCCACGCUGGCUGCUAUGGAGACGACGGUGAGUCCGUCUCGAGAAGAAGAGAAAGAGUCGGCGACAGAACCUCCCAGAUCCGAUGAAGUUUUGUUUGGGAGGUCAGAUCAGCCGCUUCAUGAGCUGUCGGUGUCUGUGGGCACACUGGAAACUAAAGACGAUGACAUUUUUCCUCCACCACCUCCACAUCCAGCUCCACAGCCGGACAUUUCAGUGUUACCUAUAUCUCCGCAGCCACCCAGCCCUCCUCCACCACCACUCCCAGAGAGCUUGCUUGAGGAGUGUCCUCCAUAUCCACCACCUCCUUAUCCCAGUGGUGCCGAGCAGGACACUCUAGAAGACACUUUGAGCAUGAAGCCACCUGAAGUCACUGGCCAGGUGCCCUUGCCCGCUGGUAAAAGAACAAACCUGCGGAAAUCCGGAUCGGAGCGCAUCGACCAUAACAUGCGAGUGCAAUUCAAUCCUCUGGCACUGUUACUGGACUCAUCUCUGGAGGGAGAGUUUGAUCUAGUGCAGAGGGUCAUAUACGAAGUUGAAGAUCCAAGUCAGCCGAAUGAUGAGGGUAUCACAGCGCUGCAUAAUGCCGUAUGUGCAGGCCAUACAGACAUAGUUAAAUUCCUGGUGCAGUAUGGAGCCAAUGUGAAUGCAGCUGACAGCGAUGGCUGGACCCCUCUGCACUGUGCAGCCUCCUGUAAUAAUGUACAGGUGUGUAAGUUUCUGGUGGAGUCUGGAGCGGCCGUUUUUGCUAUGACCCACAGUGACAUGCAGACAGCAGCUGAUAAAUGUGAAGAGAUGGAGGAUGGUUACAGCCAGUGCUCUCAAUUCCUCUAUGGUGUUCAGGAAAAGAUGGGCAUCAUGAACAGAGGGGUGGUGUACGGUCUCUGGGAUUAUGAGAGUGAACAUAACGACGAGCUGCCGUUCAGAGAGGGCGACUGCAUGACUGUGAUCUGCAGGGAUGACGCGGAUGAGACUGAGUGGUGGUGGGCACGCAUGGGCGACACAGCAGGUUACAUACCGAGAAAUCUGCUCGGGUUGUAUCCAAGAAUUAGGCCCCGUCAUAGGAGUCUGGCUUAAGUGGGGUCAAGGAAACAUCCUGGACUGCAAGAGUAGAUGAACGAUCAGUGUAGUCCAAAAGUUAACCUUCUCAUGAAGUGGUGCCGUACAGACACUUUGGCUUUAAACAUUUCUUUUUCCAAUAAAUGUUAAUAUUGUGGUCUGUCGCUGUCCUUGCUUUAUCCCCAUUUAGGUAUGUCUGAAUGCAGUUUAAAUAUGUUCUGACCUUUUCAAUCUGUACUUAAUGUUUGAUCUGUUAUUUACAACAGGCAGUCAUUGUAAGUCAGCACAUUGUGUCGGGGAGUCUUGGGAUCAUGUUGUUACGCACCCAUAUUGUACGCAUGGAACUUUGCAGUUCAGUUAGUGUCUAUUUGUCAUUUAUUUUUAUACUCUGACAAUCACUGUUAUCUAAAGCUAAGGGUUUUGUGAUAUUAUAAUGAACCUAUGAUCAUAAACAUUCCUUUAUCAUAUCAUUACACUAAUGUCAUCACUGUCAGGCAGAAACCUUGUAUGUCUGCUAGUAAAUGAAAAAAAAACAGCAUUUUUAAAGUGACAGUGUUGUUGAUAUGAAACACAUAUUUGCAAAACCCACAGAAAACCUGAAAGGUGACUGGUAGUAAUGAUUUAUUGAAAAAUACGGAGGAUUCUGCUCGGCAGUGACAAUGUAUUUUGAUUUUGUAUGUCUGAAGUAAAAGUGACAAACACAAUUCAUUCUGAUUAAACUGUAACAAAUCUCUGUAAAGCUGUUUGAUCUGCGAUUCACUUUUCUUAUAUGUUGGACAUAUUUAAUGUCAAUGAAUUACUAAUCAAAAUCUGUUUUUGUCUACAUUUUUGUGAGUAAACAGUGCAGAAGAACACUAUGCCUUUUUUACAGUUUCAACUAGUCAGUUACUUUAGUAAAUCAGUGUCUGCUUAUUCAAUCUGAUGUGCAUGUACUAGGUGGAAAUGUUUCUGGACACAUGCUGUAUACAGUAUCAGGGUUUUCCUGGCUCAAAAUGAGGCGGAGGAGAUGCCAUCCUGAUCUUGUACACACACACAUGUAGGCCUACCAUACCUUUAAGGGGCUU